AGUGAUUAAAUCUCGUGUGCAAGUCUCGCGAGUGUUUGGAUACGGCCCUGCUGUAUAGCUGAAGAAAACAUUUUCAGUGCAGGACACAUCACAAUGAGUUAUGCAGACAAGCCGGAUGAUAUGACUAGAGAGGAGUGGAUGGAGAAGAUCAACAAUGUUCACAUUCAGCGAGCAGAUAUGAACAAACUCAUCAUGAAUUACCUCGUGACAGAGGGUUUCAAGGAAGCUGCAGAGAAGUUUCGCAUGGAGUCAGGAAUCGAACCCACCCUAGACUUGGACUCCCUAGAUGAGAGGAUAAAGAUUCGAGAGAUGAUCCUGAAGGGGCAAAUUCAAGAAGCCAUUGCCUUGUUAAACAGCCUCCACCCAGAACUACUGGAUACAAACCGUUACCUUUACUUCCAUCUCCAGCAGCAGCAUCUGAUUGAGCUGAUACGUCUGCGGGAGACGGAGGCUGCACUGGAGUUUGCUCAGUCUCAUUUGGCGGAGCAGGGCGAGGAGAGCCGUGAGUGCCUGACAGAGAUGGAGCGCACUCUGGCUCUGCUGGCUUUUGACAACCCAGAGGAGUCUCCCUUUGGCGAUCUGCUCAACAUGAUGCAACGGCAGAAAGUGUGGAGUGAGGUGAAUCAAGCAGUGCUGGACUAUGAGAAUAGAGAAUCAACGCCUAAGCUCGCAAAACUCCUGAAACUCCUGCUUUGGGCACAGAAUGAACUGGACCAAAAGAAGGUGAAGUACCCCAAAAUGACCGACCUCAGCAAAGGGACCAUUGAGGACCCCAAGUAAAACACAGUACAAGUUGUGCGAACUUACUGUGGAGAACAACAUGGACUCCAUUGCUCCCCCAUUUUAUUUAUACACAGUCCGUGACUGAACCUUAACUAUCUUUUGUGAUUGCUAUUUCAGAGACUAUGAGUUCAACAUGAGAUUGUGAACUGGAUUUUUUUUAAUGUUGAAAAGUGACUUGCUGAAUAUGAAUGGCCAAAAUAGAAACACCUGUAUGCUGCAACAUUGGUGACCUUCAAUUUCAUGAUGUUUGUAGAUCUGUAGGUGGAUUUGGUUUCACUGUUUGCUCUGUACUUUUCUAGUACUGUUUCUGGAAAUGUAAGGAAACCAAUCAGUGGACUGUUUAAGCCUAAAUUAGGCUCCUUAUGAAGAGUGAAGAUGCCCUGUGUCCACUGAUCAGAUGAAGCACUGUACACAAAACAGUACUUUGAAUAUGUCAGAGGUUGAAUGUAUUUGAGUUUAAUAUUGAUGGAAACCAACUGGUUGUGUUUGCUUUUUGAAAUUUUCUAUUUUAUAAAUGUAAUAUUAAGGGUGAAUAUCGGGAACAGCUGCCUGUGAAUAUUUAUAAACAUGUUAUUGCAU